AUGACGAGCUCGCUAGAGACUGCCUCGAGGGUGCCUGUGGUGAUAGCUGGAUACACCGUUCCUAUCGUCUGCAUGACACUAUGCACGGGUCUACGGCUUUUUGUGAAAGUCCGUGGUCCAACAGAGGACCGCUUUCAUGCAGAUGACUACCUAAUCACUCUAGCUACGGUGCUUUUGCCUCCCUAUCGCCUGGUUCCUGUGCAUACUGACGAUCUUUGUUGUCUUCGGUUAGAUGCUGGAGGUAACAUACAGUAUUAUCAUGCUGGUCGUCGGUAUGGGUUGCAUGCCCUCGGUGACUAUAUUGCUAGCCACCUCUAUAAUGUCGGUCUCGCAAGUGUCAAACUCGGGAUCCUCGCCUUAUACUACCGCAUAUUCGCAAUACAAUGGUUUCGCAGGACAGUAAUUGGCUGUGUCACAUUUGUCUGUCUGUGGAUUGCGACGAUUGAGAUCUUUAUGGGCCUGCUCUGUCGACCACUGGAGGCUUUCUGGGAUGCCAGUGUUAAAGGCCAUUGCUUCAACUCCAGCGCCCUGUCAUACUAUGUCAACACCUCCAACAUGAUCACCGACCUUGUCAUAUUUGCUCUCCCGAUAGGGGUGAUUGUGCGGCUCCGUACGACCCGAAGCAAUAAAAUUGCCCUCUGUAUCAUCUUCUCAAUUGGAUUCAUAACAUGCGGCAUAAGCGCUGCCCGUCUAGCCUUUGUCUUUGCGGAAAGCUCGUCCGACAUCACCUGGGACGGCGUCGACCUCGGUGUUCUAUCCGGCUUCGAAUCGCUCGGGGGCAUUCUCUGCGCCAACUUACCCAUCAUCUACCGCCUUUUCAGGCAAGCGGCGCAAAAGGUCACAAGCCGAACAGGAGGCAGCUCCUCCAUUCCCCACCUGCAAUACGGCCGCGAGUCCAAGAACUUCACCUCGCGGUCUCGCCCUCGCCGACACCGUCUUAGCGAAACGCUCAAUGAACAGUGGAUUCAAUUGCAGAACGGCAAUUCGUCGAAUGAUAGCCAUGUCUCUAGGGGACAGGAUUUCGCCGUGCAGAAGGUGGUGGACAUGGAGACGGGGAUGGAGGUUGUGCGGUUGAGUAAUGUGCCAAAUGCUAUCACAGUAAAGAGAGAGUUUCAUCAGACGGUGGAGGGUCGUCGGUGA